GUACCCCAGAGCUUGUUGUAUUGUAUCAGCCGUCCAAGCUUCAACUUCUCCCCACAUCCUCUCCGAUCCCGCUCCAGGAGCAAUGGCCGAGUCUGCUUCGGCUCCGGGUGCCUCCAAUGGCGCCGCUCCGGCUCCUGAUUCUGCAGGCCAGACUGUCGCAGCUAUCCCUCAGGCAGACACUAUCAGUGCAGACGAGAUCGCUCUUUACGACCGUCAGAUCCGCCUGUGGGGAGUCCAGGCGCAAGAGAAAAUCCGCACUGCCAACAUCCUCCUCGUCUCCAUCAAAGCCCUCGCAAACGAGGUCGCCAAGAACCUAGUCCUCGCGGGAAUAGGCUCGAUAACCCUCGCAGACCAUGAGGUGGUCGUCGACGAUGACCUCGGCGCACAGUUCUUCGUCUCUGAGGCUGACAUUGGCAAAAACCGCGCUGAAGCCGCCGCCCCACAAAUUCAAAAGCUCAACCCACGCGUCAAAGUAAACGUCAUCACGAGAGACAUCCGAACCGAGCAGGACGUGACCUUCUACGCCGCAUACGAUGUCAUCAUAGCCACAGACCUCGACUUCCUCUCCCUUAGCAGCCUCGACUCCGGUGCUCGACUAGCGCAUCGACCCUUCUACGCCGGUGCUUCGCAUGGCUUCUACGGCUUCAUAUUCGCCGACCUUGGAACCCACGAUUUCGUCGUCGAGCGCGAAAAGUCAAAUAGACCAACGCGCCUUGCCCCCGAAACCGCCACACGCUCCGUCAUCGGAACCACCACGAAGAAGGAGAGUGGAAAGACCAUUGAGAUGGUGAGGAAGCGAGAGCUCUAUACCCCACUGCUACUGGUCAACACCUGCCCGCUUCCUCCCGACAUGCAAAACAGCCUCCGCAAGCUCCGCAAAGUACACCCCUUGCUCACCUGCAUCCGCGCCCUUUGGGACUACCAACGCAAUGGCCACGGCAUCCUCCCCUCCCAUUCCACUACCGAUCUCCAACUCUUCACUACUAUCGCCACCGAAAAGCACAAAGAGCUCCAACUCCCCGCCGAGACACUCAGGUCCGAGUUUCUGCGCAGCUUUCUGCAGAACUUGGGCAGUGAGUUGGCGCCUGUGACGGCGUUUCUCGGCGGUCAGCUUGCGCAGGAUGUUAUUAAUGUCUUGGGUCAGCGGGAGCAGCCUAUUCAGAAUCUCAUGCUGUUCGAUGGUGAGGAGAGCGUUGGGCCGAUUUAUUCGUUGCAUCCUAUCUUUCCGGAUAAUCCCGUUCCGGCUAUGCCAACUAUAGCCCCUGAUGUCCCAGUUUUGGUAGUUUAAAGAGGAGAGGUGUGGUGGGACACUCGAUGGGUAGGCUUGGAUUCAUGACGCAUUUAGCAUUAGAUUGUGGGAGGACAUCAUAGGUGCUGGCUGCGAUCUGGGUUCAUCAAAUCGUAAUUUUGGAAUCCCUUCUGUAGGAGUGCACAAGGUGGUUAUUUGGGGCGCAUGGUACCAUGGCGGGCAGUCGGGAGUAGAUACAGUAUCGGGAUACCCUUGAAAUCUCCAAGCGAGGGAGAUAACG